UAUUAGCCACAAGUUGAUGCUCAACUUUGAUUCUAUAUAAACUCAUAUCUAUACCAAUCCUCUUACAAAAACCAAUUAAACGUACUUCCCUCCUAAGCAUUGAGAGAAUUUCAUACAUGGAAGGUCUAAGGCCAAUUCAUGUAACAAAAGAAGACGGCGAGGACGAAGGCCAACUCUUGAGUCCAGUAUCUCGUAUUUUUCACCAGCCCAACUGCAGCGUCUACAUCAUUCUCUUCCUGGGGUUUAAGACACCUAUCAAUCCUGAUGGUUUAAAACCUGCCUUGGCUCAUAUUUUCCUUAGGCAUCCUCGCUUCCUUAGUUUGUUGGUUGUGGAUGACAACGGUAAGGAUAUGAGAUGGGUUAGAACAGAAGUAAAUCUAGACAACCAUUUAAUAAUUCCGACAUUUGAUCCAAGCAUGGAGUCCCCUGAUAAGUACGUGGAAGAUUAUGCUGCUAACCUUAGUACCACUGUAAUCAAUAAGUCAAUACCUUUGUGGGAUGUCCAUAUCCUCAACCUUGAAACCUCUGAAGCUAAAUCCACUGUCAUUAUUCGCGUCCAUCAUUCUCUCGGUGAUGGCACCUCUCUUAUGGCUCUUCUACUUUCUUGUUCUCGCAAAGUAUCCAAUCCUGAGGAACUUCCAACCAUCCCAACUACAAAGACAAGAAAUCCCAUGUUUAACUCUUGUAGGUUAUGGCAAUUCUUCCUCAAGCUAUGGCUUUCAAUGUUAGUGUGUUGGAAUACCAUCGUCGAUGUUGUGAUGUUUAUGGCUACGGUUUUCUUCUUGGACGAUACCAAAACACCGCUAAAAAGUCCUGAAAUUGGAAUUGUAUAUACUCCUAGUCGUAGGAGAUUUGUUCAUACGACAAUCUCUUUGGACGAUGUAAAACUGGUGAAGAAUGCUAUGGACGCAACAAUCAAUGAUGUAAUGGUGGGAGUGACACAAGCUGCUUUGUCCCGCUAUCUCAACAGGAAAUAUGGUGAUGAAGCAAAAGAAGGAAAAAACAAUCUUCCCAAAAACAUUCGUCUUCGAGCAGCUGUUGCUGUUGACAUAAGACCAUAUUCAUACAGCCAUACAUACCAAGAUGUAAUAAAGACGAAUAUGUGGGGCAAUAAAAUAGGGUUUAUUCUCUUUCCCUUCAAAAUUGCUUUAAGAGAUGACCCAUUGGAUCACGUACGUGAAGCCAUGCUUGUCUCUAAGAGGAAGAAAGCUUCUCUCGAAGCUAAAUUCACCCAUUUCCUGGCCAAGUUAUGCUCCAGAUUCUUUGACAUUAGGAUUCCAAGCAUGCUUUCUAGGACAACAAUUGGAUUCUCAAAUUUACCAGGUCCUCGAGAUGAAAUCUCUUGUCUCGGCUAUAAAGUGACUUUCAUGGCUCCUAGUCUCUAUGGGCAAGCAUGUGUGAGUAUUCUCACCUCAAGCUACAUGAAAUGAAGGAAGCAGUUUCAAUCCCUUGAAUCAGCUCCUCUGCUUCUAAAGAAUUCUGCAUUCCUCCUCUUCUUUACAAGAAAUGUUUUUUUUUUAGAUUUUUCAACAUAUUAAAUUUCAGUGAGAUUACCACAAAUCCUAAAAAAUGUCCAUAUAAUAAUUUACGGUAUAUGAU